AUCAAUAAUACAUAAUUCAUUCUCUCCAUUUCUCUAUACAACAAAUUCAACUUGGUAUCAGAGCAGGUUUAGCACCUAGUAUUUUUCGCUUCACCGGCGGGCGGCAACCUCACCUUAGCCGUCCGCCGGACCUCAACCUAGUCCGCUAAGAUUUUUUUUUACACAUACCUCCCAUCCGCUGCCACAAAUUCCAUAACUGAACUCUUGUCUCUCUCUUCUACACCAUUCACACAACAUAAAAGCAACACUGCACAUCGCACAUUCCGCCAUCAGUUUUUCAUCCUAUUAACAUUAAUAGCAGAGAGAGAGAGAGGUACAUCACCAAUUCCAGAGGAAUGAAGCUGUUCACACAGUCGUGGACCCCACUCCCGCCGACGAAGAUCAUCGGAAUAGUCGCCGUCGUCCACGGCUUCACCGGCGAGUCGAGCUGGCUCAUUAAGCUCUCUCUCGAAAGAGAGAAGAAAAGGAUGAUGGCGAUGAUGAUCAUGGGGGAGGUGAAUCAGCAAAGGAUCAAAACAAAUGGAAUAUGGAUGAACAUAGCAGAGAAAGGGACAGGACCACUGGUUCUGCUUCUUCAUGGGUUCCCAGAAUUCUGGUUUGGAUGGAGACACCAGAUCACUGACUUGGCUAAAAAGGGGUAUCACGUGGUGGCACCUGAUUUGAGAGGCUAUGGUGAUUCUAAUUCUCCUCUCAGCCCUUCUUCCUACUCUGUUUUCCACAUAGUCGCUGACCUCAUUGGCCUUCUUGAUCACUUUGGUCAACAACAGGCAUUUGUAGUGGGUAGUGACUGGGGAGCCAUAGCUGGAUGGUACCUCAGCCUGUUGAGGCCUGACAGAGUGAAGUCACUGUUCCAGGAGGCAGGGAGAGCAGAGAAGGCAUUUGCAAGAUAUGAUUAUGUGACAGUGAUGAAGAAGUUGAUUCUGAUAAACAAGACUGAUCUGCUGAUAGCUCCACAGGGGAUGGAGAUCAUUGAUUACCUUGAGACACCUUGUUAUUGUCCCAAAUGGAUAACAGAGGAAGAACUGGAAGUUUUUGCUGACAAAUUCCAAGAGUCUGGUUUCACUGGACCUCUCAACUACUACCGUGCCAUUGGGCUCGAUAUAUAUAUCUACAUCAAUAAACUUGAAUAUGGAGAGAUAAUAGAGACAUAA